UUCUUUUAAUUCCGUAGGGCUUUGAGGCUUGGGGAGAAGAAUUGUUUGCGAGAUCGAUCCUCGUCUUCAGGCGUAGCGAAGCCCUCUUAGCAGAAGAUUUCUGAUCUGGAAAUGACGCCGCCUCCCGGACCCUACUCCGGCAAGAGCUCACUUGCUUUGGUGGCUAGGGCUUCAGCUUUCACGUUCGGAAUUGUUUACGGGAGUGUGAAGCUUAAGAUUCUUAAGAUGAAAGCUAAAUCCCACAAGAAAGCUGAAGCCAAGGGACAUCAUUAGAAGAACACCUUGUGUCGAGCACAUGGUAUUUUGUGUCUGAUCAAAAUAAUGGUAGAGAUAAAUCCAUUCUUGAUUAUGGUCUGAUCUGCAGUGGACUAUCACUGUUUUUUCUCAUUUUUAAGGUGCUUCUUCUCCCUUUGGGAUUAAUCGUUGAAUACAAUUUUACCAUAUUUUUGUUUCAAUUUCUUUAUGCACCAAUGACUUUGGGUGUCAUAUGAAAUGGUUCCAUGGGAAACCAUUUCAGACUCUGCAGCUUUCUUGAAUGUGCAUUGCAAAAGCAAAUUGCAAAUAAUAUAUCAUCGAUGCCUUAACUUCA